GGGGUGUCGCUGUGUAGAAUAAUUAUGCGAGACAAGGGAGGUAUUUUCUGACGGGUGGCUUCACAGAAGACUCAACAACUCGAGGUUUGAGGACUGCUCUGCCUUCAUCUGCUGUAAGGGUCCCGUCUACGGAUUCGAGCUGGAUUUUUGACAGGUAGGACCGGUCGAAAUGUGGAUAUAAUGUAUCCAAACACACACUGUCUCCAGAUUCUGAACUCUUAAGUGGACCUAUGAUGAUCUGCCUACGGAGAGACGAGAAGGGUGCAAGCCACCACAGAAGCACCGCGGACUGUUGUUGUCUGAGAAAUGAUAACAAAUGAACGACACGGAAAGGAACAUGGUUGAAAGGACCAGUAAAUUUCUGUUGAUCGUCGUCGGAUCGGUCUUCUUCAUGCUGAUUUUGUACCAGUACGUGGCGCCCGGGGUGAUAAACUUCGGCUCCCCGCAGGGGUACCUUCUCGGCGAAGAGGACAUGACCAUUUUCCCCACUCCGGAUCCGCACUAUGUGAAAAAGUACUACUUCCCUAUUAAAGAUCUCGAGCGCAACAUAGAUUUCGAAAUCAAGGGGGAAGACGUGAUUGUGUUUCUCCACAUCCAAAAGACCGGCGGGACCACGUUCGGGAGGCAUCUAGUCCAAAAUGUUCGACUGGAGCUUCCGUGUGAUUGUAGACCGGGCCAGAAGAAGUGUACUUGCUACCGUCCGAACCGAAAGGAGACCUGGCUGUUCUCUCGGUUCUCCACCGGCUGGAGUUGCGGCUUGCAUGCGGACUGGACCGAGCUCACCAACUGCGUCCCGGGAGUUCUCAACAAGAAAGAAAGCAAGUCGAAAAAAACGAGAAAGUUCUACUACAUCACUCUACUGAGAGACCCUGUUUCCCGCUACCUUAGCGAAUGGAGGCACGUCCAGCGGGGGGCGACGUGGAAGACGUCCCUGCACAUGUGCGACGGACGGACACCAACGCCCGAAGAGUUGCCGCCCUGCUACGAAGGCUCAGACUGGUCGGGGUGCACUUUGCAGCAGUUCAUGGACUGCCCCUACAACCUCGCCAAUAACCGCCAAGUACGUAUGCUGGCCGACCUCAGCCUGGUUGGAUGCUACAACCUCUCCACAGUUCCUGAGAAGAGGCGCUCACAGCUGCUGCUCGAAUCGGCCAAGAAAAACCUACGAGACAUGGCUUUCUUCGGCCUGACGGAGUUCCAGCGGAAGACGCAGUACUUGUUCGAGCGCACCUUCCACCUCAAGUUCAUCCGGCCCUUCAUGCAGUACAACAGCACGCGGGCGGCCGGCGUGGACCUGGAAAACGACACGAUACAGCGCAUCGAGGAGCUCAAUGACCUGGACAUGAAGCUGUACGACUACGCCAAAGACCUGUUUCAGCAGCGCUACCAGUACAAGCACAUGCUGGACCGCCGGGAGCAGAGACUACUGAGAGGACAGGCGUCUUUCCACAGCCCGUUUCGAGAGGACGGAGCCGGAGGAGAGGGUACGGCACGCCUGCCAACCGAGGACUACAUGAAUCACAUCAUCAACGGAUGGUAACCGCCCACCCCUCUCCAGAGAGACCAAAUAAGAGACACAGUAACAAGGAGAGGGGGAAUAAACAGACCCAAGUGGAAUGUCCAUUCCCAGAUGGGAGAGUUCAACGUUCCAUUCUUUUGGUGGGAAUAUGGGACCAGGGAGCGUUCAAGAAAUAAGUCUGUGAGCGUUUCGUUUAGUGCCGCAUCUCAUAGGCCUUUUUUAAACAAAAGUUACGGCAUAACAUUAAUAUUAAAUUAUUAUCGAAUUAUUAUUUUUUUUGUUUUUUUGUGCCACAAAGUUUUUCCUUGACCUCCGUGCUGCAGUGUUUCUCAAAAAGAUUGACUGAAACAAACAGGUUUUAAUAUCUGAUUCACAUGAAUAUCUGAGAAUCUGAACUCUUUAGGAAAAUAUAAAGAUUGUUUUUAUAUACAUAUAUAUAAAUAUGUAUAAAUCUUAGAUUGCCUUUUUUUUUUAAACCUGAUGUGAAGUGGAUGGAGCCAGUCACAAGUGGUUGAAAAUUACUAACAGGUGUUGUGAGUAUGAUUUUAUAGAUAUAUCUUAAUAUAUAUAACGCAAAAGAGUCCCAUUUUCCAUGAGUGUUUUUAUCGUUUUUUUCCCUUUGAGUGUCGAUUCUCAAACAGAUUCCCAUAAGCCAUGGAGAUUGUAUUGGAAAGCCAUGACAGACGUAUCUAACUGUAGUACUGAUACCCAAAAAACGAUUAAGCCAACAUGUUUUGUUUGCUUUUUAAGCAUGUGCUAAUUUAUACAGUAUGCACUGUAUGUGUUUGUUUUUGCACAUUUGCCGUGAUCCUUUUACCCAUAAUGCAGUGCAGUAUGCCCACAUUUUGCAUUGUAAAUCACAUACCUUGAAUGAACAAAAUCCUUCUCUUCAUUUACCGAUCAGGAUUCACAUCACCAUUUGCCCUCGUUAAUUGUUAAGUUUGCACGCAUGUAAAAUGUGUUACUUGAACUUGCACUGAGCAUGUUGGGGCUUGACAUCCCUCACAGAUAGUUCUCGUUUGGCUCUGUGUCUACGGAGACUCCUUAACUCGCAUCUUCACACUUCCCUCCAGCUUAAACUCAAAAUAAGCAGACUGCUAUUGAAACCAUGUUUAGAGCCAUAUUAAAAAUGCUUAUGGGAAAAGAGUGAAGAAUGGAUCAUGUUCCGUCUGUCUCUCAGUCAGAAUAUGGAGAUCAAUGCUGAAUAAAAUCAAGAGACUGGUGAGGAAAGUGAGACCGUUGCUGUGUGUGUGUGAGUGCGUGUGUGCGUACGUUAAUGUGUACAAGUGUAUACUGGAUAUAUUUGAGGUGUCUUGAGUUUGCUUCCCAACAAUGUUCAUUACUGUGAGUAUUUCUGUUAUUCAUGACACCUGGAUCUUUAAAAUUACCAAUAAAAAGAUAUUUCCCAUUUUUAAAACAUGGUCAAUUUGGUCAUUUUUACUUUAAAUGUGCUGUUGUGUUAAAUGUUUUUUCUUUCCUCUAAACUAGUUACUCCAGUCUUCAGUGUCCCAUGUUCCUUCUGAAAUAAUUUGCUGAUUUGCUGCUUAUAAAACAUCUUUAAAUAAAUAAUUCUAAUAAUAA